AUGGCGAGUCCGCGGCGGCAGCGCAAGUCGCCGGGGCUGACGUCGCGCUUCGUGGACGCCGGGUCCCGGGCAGCGAGGGAGGAGACCCUGCAUGCCGAGCGAUCCCUGGCCACGGGCAUCGCCGCGUGGGCCUCCGAGCCGUCGACGGGCUUCGUGAGGGGCACGACGGCGUUCAUCGGGUCGAACGUGUCGUCGCCGAUCAUCCGAGGGUCGGAGCCACGGCCACACGAGUGGGAGGGCGGGCCGUCCGCAGCGACCCUCGCGCGCAGCAGGCGCGCGGAGGACCGCGCGAGGGCGCACGGCGCGACGCUCGCGAACAGCACCAUGACGCUGAGGCCAGAUAACAGCAGUAUGUCGUCCGCGUCGAUCCUGCGGCUCGCCGGCAGCCAGCGCAGCCCCAAGAAGGCCAUCGUGAGGCACGAAAAGUACAGGCGCCCGGACGGUUUGAAGGGCGGGUGGCACCAGCCGCAGCGGCCGGUGGCGGUGACAGGGAGGCAGGCUGCUCACCUGGUGCAGCGGCGCAGCGUGCCGCAGUGGAUCGGUUCGGCGGGCGCGAUGAUCGGCGGCUCGGACGAUCCGCGAGAGGUGCCCUCGAUGGACGGGGAGCACGCGGGGCACAGCGCGGCGCCAACUCCCGACUAUCCGACGGCGUCCCAGACGCCCGAACUCGAGGCGAGCGUGUCCUUCGUGGACCUGAUUCGCCGGACGAACACCUCGCCCUCGCGGCCGACCCGCGCGCAGAUCACCCACGAGCGUCAGGGCUCGCGAGGAGAGAUCGCCGCCGGAUCGGGCUGGGCAGGGAUCAACAAGCGCGUCAAUCUCGGCGGGACCAUGGGCGAUCUGUCGCACUGCCAUUCCGCGUACGGGGGCAACCUCCACCACACAUCGGCGCCCCUGGGCAAACAGCCGUUCACCGUGGACGAGACACCAUACGGAGAGGACCAGUACUGGGCCAGUCAGCGGGUUACUGGGAGGUGCACGAACAUCGCUGGCAACAGGAACCGCGUGGAGAAUUUCGCGGCCACGCAGAACGAGCACUUCAUUGCGGCCAGGGACUCUCACCUGCCACGACUGAAGCACGACAACGAGCGCUUCAACCGUGCGCUCGAGUCCGAGGAUGUCUCGCACGGUACGUACGCGGGGCGCUUUCACGCUGGGUUCCGGUACGAUCCCGUGUACUUCGGCACGAUAGGGAAGGGCGGGGUGAAGGAGCGGUCCAGGGUGCAACAACCCAGGCCGUAUGGCACAGACAGCUCGCUGGUCAUGAACGUGACCGCACCGGAGCCCGAAUUCACUCCGUACACGACCAGCAGCCGCAUGGCCGCCCUGCUGGCGCACAAGUGA